AUGAGUCGAGCCGUCUAUUUGAUCUUUCUCUUGAUUACCUUCCUCGUCGUAAUUUCUACACCAGCCAAUGCCUCGCCUCUUGAAAAGAAAUGGAAUAAAGAAUGCUGUCCUAUCUCUGCAUGUGUAUUUAAUCCAGUUUCGCCAGACGACAAUCCCUUGGGUUUGCCUACUGAUUCGUUCGGAGGAGUUCCAAGCGGUAUGGGAGCCGGUUAUAAUGGCAACACAUUCGACGGUUUUCUAUCAUUCACGGAGACGCCUAAAGACACUUUGCAAAUCACUGGAUUUAUUAAUGUUCUGGGUGCAAUAAAAACAGGAUCAGUUGAGUCCGUGUAUGAUAUUCACGUGGGCAGUUGCAGCUCAGCCACCAGCCCCACUCCCGGCGACGACGACCUUAUUGACCUUGACGAACAGUCUUUCGGCAAGCCAAUCAUCGCAAGUAGAUCUGGCUCAAUUGACAAACUCAGAGACAAUUGCUGCUUUGUCGUGGAAGAGUUUGCAUUCAAUAAUGGAGGAGGUGCUGAAAGAAUUCUCGGAGUUGCAAAAGUAGUACCUAUUCUAGAAAGAAAUUGCAAUAUUCCUACCAGUGCCAAUAUUACUGCUCCCACUGCUACCGCGAGUGGCGGUAAACCCGAACCCACAUCUUAA